AUGCCUCCAAAAAAGCGUUCAGCCAAGUUAACAGCGUCUACUAGCGCGCGGAGGGAUGGCGAGCCCCCAGAUCCGUUCCAAAAAGUGCCCGAAGUGCUUGAGCCAUUCACAAAGGGACUUUCGAAGAAGCACGUCUACGUUGCACACAUUGACGGAAAGCCGGCUGAGUUCAAGCGCAAAAUCUUUGUCGUUCCGGUCCUCAUGAAUAUUGCUGUCGCGGCUGCCUUUGUCUUCCGAAUGUACUAUAUACUGCCGUACUACUUUACCAUCCUGGUAAAGGCAAUGGUUCAGCACCCUUCCAGCUUUCCGGGUCAAACGACGUCGACGUGGUCGGAUCUGGGCUGGGAGAUUGGCAAGCGCGGAUUCAGCAUGUUCAUUGACCUCAUGCUCUUCAUCUUUGUGUGGCCGUGGCCUGUGGAAUUUGUUGCCGGGCAGACACAUGGCAGCCCGGUCAAGUGGCGAUGGGCAGUCGGGUUCCGGGAGAAGGAAAUUUACGUGCGCCGCAGCCGAGACUGGCAGGCAGUUUUGGGCGACGUCAUUGAGGAGCGAGAUUCGAACCGGAUUUUUACGGGCUACGUGGCGCAGGCGACGGCCCCGAUGCUGCAGGAGCAAAAAACGGGCUAUCUCUUAAUGAACAACAACUGGGACCUGGACUGGAAGCUGAUGGUGAGGGCGCACAGGAUGGUGGACAAGAAGGAGGCGGCGCUGGAUGUGUUUAGGAACGCGGUUCUGGUACACCACCAAGACUAUGGGUGGCUGAGGUACGACCUGAAGCUGGGGGCUUCGACCGAGGAGGAGGAGAAGCGACGGCAAGUUUUUGGGUUUCGCGAUGCUCUGUCGGCCAUGGGCAAAGAGGAUCUGUUUUACCGCUGGGUCGAAAUUGUCCAAUUUGAGGCAACGCAGCCGGGUGGCUUUGGGCCUGAGAAGCAAGAGGUGGCUGCAAAGAAGAUUCGCGAGCUGUUUGAGGGACAAGGCGUCGACUUUGACAAGCUGUGGAAGGACACGGUUGGCGAGGAUCUCGACAAGCUGGACUGA